AAAACCAAAAGCGCGACUCAAAGGCGCGACCGCUAGUAAACGCACAAACACUCAAAGUAUCGGCUGUUGGCAAGCAGCAUCAUGCAGGCAUAGCAAUGGCUAGCAAAACGACCUCUCGGCCUGGUACCGCCUCUGGGGUGAAUCUGUGGAAGUCCAUUCUGCAAAGCGUGUCUGCUACAGCCAGCAAGCCAACGUACGAUAUCCUACUUCUUGGCGGCGGCGCAACGGGAUUGACGCAAUGUGUUGAAGCGUGGCGGACGUGUAAGCAGCUUCCUGGCUUCGCUGUGUCUGAGGAUGCUGCAGCGACUCCGAUUCCAGCGGCAUUGCCUGGCGCAUCGACCUACUUUGGCUUGGACGAUGCGAAACAUGAGGAGAGUCUGUGUCGCAUGACGUGUCACUUGUUUGGACGCCCAGACGACACGCUUGUCCCUGUCUUGCAGGAUGUCAUGCUGCAGGCUGACGUUGGGUCUCUUGGCGUCUGCAUUCUGCUUGAUUGGCAAGAACCAUGGCUCUGGCUGGACCAACUGUGCCGCUGGUUCAAGCUCCUACGGGAAGCAACAGACAGUGCCAAGCUUGAAUCGCCUGAAUUUGCAGCAGUACUCAAAAAGCAGUUGGCUUCGCUGGAGUAUGCUAUUCGUGGCUAUAGUGAUGCACCUACCGCCAGUAGUGUCUCUCGCAAACAAGACCAAGAUCUGUCACUCCUACCACCGCUUGCGUCUGGCCAAUUUGCACUGCCGUUGGGUCUGCCUCUCUUCUGCAUUGCUCAAAACUCACACCAUAUCUACCAACUCGAGAGCGACUUGGGCAUGCGUGAAGAGCAAUUCGACUUUAUCCAGCAGACUUUACGACUCGUGAUGAUGUGUCACGGUGGCAGUCUAUACUACACAGCACCCGCUCAGCCUACCACCUCGGCGCGUGUCUUGUCUGCAAUUUUGCAACAGCUUGCACCGCCACUUGCGCUUCAUCUUGAGCGUAUACAGGCAUCUGUUGUUGAGAAAGAUCAAGCUGCUGUGCCACUUGGCUGGGAUACGCCUGUCAAGAUUGAUGUACAUCGCGCUGGUUUCAAUGUCGAGAAGAUGUUGGAAGGUUGGAAGACACACCUGCAAGGUAUGGCUGAUGAGGUGCAUGACAAGAGUGCGUUGGCUACAUUCCAGAAGAUGGUGCCUAAUGCACAAGCAAGUCUGUUGAUGACGGGCGGUGUUGGCCUUGUGCAGGAAGAGUACGUCGCCGUCGAGACGCAUGAGGCCUUCUUGACACGUCUUGAACAGGAAUUUCGCAAUCGCCCCAACGAGCCUGCUGUGGGUGAUAUAUCAGACACUACGGCUGCAGCGUUGGAGGAAAAGCUCAAUCGGCUGCGUGAACAGACCUCGUCAAGUCCUGAAAGGCCAAUCACUGACUCGAGUGUUGCAAAUGCCUACUUCAAGACACUCAUGGAGCGGCGAACACUGCGAGACGCUCAAUAAGUAUUAAAUUCGCACUACUACGCAAUCCGUGUGUCUGUCUCAGUGUCCACAAACCACCUUCAUCGCCGAUCCUGGAACGCCUGCAGGUUUGGCUUCGUCUGUCGCAGCAAUGGUCGCACCGACUGCAGCACCACAAGCACCGAACGUCGCACUAGACUGUUAGCCUUCUCACUUUGUGCGCUAGAACACCACUUACAAUUGCGCAGUCCUCAAGUUUUGCAAGUUGAUGGAAGCCAUGUUGGCAGCUUGCAAUAUUUC